AUGUCGUACGCCGUCGAAUCGAAGAAGCGCAAAUUCCACCGAGUACUAGAGUCGAUUUCUAAACCACUCUCAUCCGAGAAUACGGCGAAACAGCCGACACCGAAGCCCGCGCCGGCCGCUGCGGCGCGCAAUCACCUCCCCGGUGAUCUUUCCAUCAAGAAGGUCCGAUUAAGCAGUAAUGAUAAAUCCGACUUUGCAUCCGUUCGAAGUUCCAUUCUGAAGACUUCGCUUCCAUCCGCACGAGUUUCAUCGACCUCUUCCUCCAAGCGCCCGACUUUCGUGCCUUGGGACCGCGAACGCUUCUUGGAGCGGCUUGAGACCUUUCGCCGUGUCGACCGAUGGACAACAAAGCCAUCACCGAUAAACGAAGUACAAUGGGCCAAGCGCGGAUGGAUCUGCACAGAUGUCAUGCGCGUGAGCUGCGUCAGUGGUUGCGGCGGCUCCGUCGUGGUCAAGGUACCGGAUGAGAUCGACGAGCUUGAUGGAUAUGAUGCCGAGAAGGUCCAGGAACGAAAACAAGUCCGCAUGAAACUUGUGGAGGAAUACGAGAAGCUCUUGAAAGAAGCGCAUGGCGAGAAUUGCCCGUGGCGCAACAAGAGCUGUGAUGCAACCAUUCAACAUCUGCCUUUAACGAACCCAGACACCGCCAUCGCCGGGCUCCGGGAACGCUACCUUGGCAUCGCGAAGUUGGGCGAUAAACUACCGGCCGACGACGUUAUACAAGCCCCUGAAGGAUUCGAUAUCGAAGCAUUAAUAAAGGUUUUGCCUGAAGAUUGGUCAACAGAUGCCAAGAAUCCGUCGGAUACGAACACAGCGGAAGGAAACGCUGCUGGUGACCAAGAAGAAGCUUCACAACCGUCGACCCCGACACCAGCAGUGACAAUUUCAAAAUCUGCUGCCCGCUCAACACAGCAUAUCAAUCGAGCAGCAUUCGCGCUGGCUUUCUUCGGCUGGAACGCAGUAGCCGAUGCAGCUGCUGGUCUAGUUGGCUGCAAGGCAUGUUUUCGUCGCCUAGGUCUCUGGAUGUACAAGCCGAAGGAAAACGGGGAUGUCACUGUCUACUCGUCGUUGGAGGUGGCUACCGAGCAUAUGGAAUACUGUCCCUGGAUUGAUCGCCUCGCUCAAAGCGGAACAGGCCGAGCCAGUGAGAAGCCGGAAGAGUUACGCAGUGGCUGGGAGGCCGUGUCAGAAGCUCUCCGGGUGAAGCACCGCCGGCAUAUUCGGUCUACGGCAUUUGAUUCGCCACGCACUGAAAGGAGUACCUCUCCGGUGGAGACAUUCGGCGGUGAAGUGGACGAAGAGAAGAAGAAGAAGGCCGAUCGCGAAUGGUGGGCAAAGAUUCGGCGUAUGCGGCAGGUUUUGACGCCCAAGACUCCGCGCCACAACUCUACCAACUCUAAGUGA